UUUCACCUCAUAGUCCUCUUAUCCUAUAAAUUUAUAUAUUAUAUUUUUCCUUUUCCGUAUUCUUUCUACAAAAAUCUUAGCUCUAGAUGCGGUCACGGAAGCUGCAUAAGUAGACGUUGUCCGCGCGCAUGAACAGAAACAUAUCUUGAAAAUUCCACACAACUGGCCGGCCGAUCUUUCACCCGUCUUCCCCGUCUGCUUCUCUAUCGAGCUCCGACCAAUGCUUAAAUCAGCCCUAGCUCCUGUUUUCUCCGCCAUUUCCGCCAAGUCCAGGCCUCCAAGGCUAUCUCACACCAUCUCCGAAGCGCUGCCGCAAAACCCACCAACCGUUCGACGAAAUGCCUCAGCCCAGACCACGCCUUCAACCCCGCCGCACAAGCUGCCCCCCACUUCCGCCUACGUCCACUUGCCCUUCUGCCGAAAGCGCUGCCACUACUGCGACUUCCCCAUCGUCGCUCUCGGCUCAUCUUCAACCUCAAGCCAGGCCGAUGACGACCCGCGAAUCAUCAACUACAUUCAACUCAUUUGCAGAGAGAUCAAGGCCACACAACAAUUUGAGGUUGGCCACAACCCACCUCUUGAAACAGUCUUCUUUGGUGGCGGCACGCCUUCGCUGGUGCCACCGAGACUUGUUGCGUCAGUCCUUGAGGCAUUGAAUUCAAAAUUCGGGUUGGGUUUGGAUACUGAGAUAUCCAUGGAAAUGGAUCCCGGGACUUUUGAUUCUCUAAGAAUGAAGGAGAUAAUGGAGUUGGGUGUAAAUAGGGUGUCUCUUGGCGUUCAGGCCUUCCAGGAUAAUUUGCUCAAGGCCUGUGGGAGAGCUCACGGUGUCACUGAGGUUCAUGAUGCCAUCGACAUUGUAGGGUCGUGUGGGGUUGAGAAUUGGAGUAUGGAUCUCAUAUCUUCUCUCCCUCACCAAACGCCAGGAAUGUGGGAAGAGAGCUUGCAGCUCACCAUUGAAGCUCGGCCUACCCAUGUAUCGGUCUAUGAUUUGCAAGUGGAACAAGGCACCAAAUUUGGAACUCUGUACACACCAGGGGAGUUCCCUCUGCCUUCGGAGACUCAGUCUGCAGAGUUCUAUAGAAUGGCUUCAAGAAUGCUUUCAAAUGCAGGUUAUGGCCACUAUGAAAUCAGCAGUUAUUGCAAGAGUGGUUUUGAGUGCAAGCACAAUCUUACAUACUGGAAGAACAGGCCAUUCUAUGGCUUUGGCCUUGGUUCUGCCAGUUACCUUGGUGGAGUAAGGUUUUCAAGGCCAAGGAAGCUGAAAGAAUACAUUGGUUAUGUGCAGAAUUUGGAGGAGGGCUUAGUUCAGAGCCAUGAAUGUAGAUGUGUUGAUGCCGAGGACAUGGCCAUGGAUGUUGUGAUGCUGUCUCUUAGAACUGCCAGGGGCUUGGACUUAAAGCCCUUUAAGGAGAUAUAUGGUAGCUCCCUUGUGCACCCUCUUUGCAAGGCUUACUGGGCUUAUGUGAAAAGUGGACAUGUGAUUUGCUUGGAUCAGGAUGGAAGAACCAUAUCAACCGAGCAACUCCACUCCCUGCUAUCCGAUGAGCAUGAAACAGAAGAGAUUGUUUCGUUUAUCAGGCUCAGCGAUCCAGAUGGUUUCCUUCUAUCCAAUGAACUAAUAUCCUUGGCUUUCAGAGUCAUAUCUCCGUGAAUACACGAUCCCGGACGAACCUUGCCAAGGCAUCACUAGAAGAGCUCAAGCGCAAUCUACCAAAUGUUCAAAUGCAACCAAGGCAUUUGGAUUUAGAUAGAGGGAUGAACCUACUGGAGUUCCAGUGAUCAGGCUAUUUUUCAUGCAAGAUGACUUCUGGAGCAAUCAAAUCGGUUUGAUUUCACACGUGAAAUAUGUUAAUGCUACGUCCAAAAAGGUGCAUGCAUCCAUGUAUUCGACAGCUAGACUUGGCACUAAUCAAAACCCCUGUUUAUUGUCUCUACUGAAGGACUAGGCCAGGAAAAAGGGAGAUUGCAAGAAGAACAAAUAAUCAAUUUCUAGACCGCACCAAUGGUAAAUGAUCAAUGGCAAACAGGAAAAAAGAACACAAAAAAUAAGCUUUUACGCUCC